CAGACCACUUGGUCCACCGGAACGGGAUGGGAGCCGGAUCCAAAUCCGAUCCCGGAUAUGUACGAAUGAGCCAGAGAACACAAACCAACGCAACAAAAACGCAACAAAAACAGAAACGACGAAAACACAAUACAAAGCAUCACAUCACAWCACAACAAAACACAGCAUUGCUCUUUUACCACAAAAACACAACACAACCAAACAGGAAUCAACCAUUGCAAUGGGACUCCGUGUGUUGCGAAAGGAAACGUGCCAAGUGUAGGAUCGAAGGGGGAACUCGACCGCGAGCGAAACCAAUAGAAACGCUUCCACCGGAGGCAAAACGCCGGGCCUUUUUUCGUUUCGAGCCACGAUCCAAUCCACCGCAACCCAGCGGAACACGAAACAAGGYAGAAGAAACCAUGRAGGACAAGAAGUUCACCGGACUCCACAAGGGAGACCUGGAAGGAAUUGUGCUCACAGGAGAUGGUAGCCCGGCACAGUUCACUGAGCUGCGAGAGCGGCUCCAGACACUAGGAGGGUCCCAAUACAUGCCGAAGGUCGGAAGAUCUAUUGAGCUAYUGAAGCGAUUCACCAGGGURGAUUUCUUGCCAGAACAUCCAACGGAGGCGAAUUGGACUGAUGACAAAGAACUCAUAAGGAUGUGGUACGAGGAAGAAAUCAAAGUUGCGGCUGAGUCGUACACAACAUACACCACGGAUAUGAAAAAGGUAUACGCGGUGGCAUACGGACAAGUCGAUGAUGGAAUAAAACUGAAACUCAUGAGCUCUGAYAAAUGGGAGAUGAUCAACGAGAUGGAAUGUCCAGUGGAGCUUCUAAAGCUGCUACGGGACAUAUGCUACCAAGGGAACAAGACCACAGUGCACCCACCCACCAAUAUCCUGCGGUCGAUCCGUAAACUAGUAUGUUCACGGCAACGGCAGCUCAAUGGGUCAACUUAUGUGAAAACUAUUGUGCAACAAAGUGACGUCCUUGACGCAAUCGGAGGAGACCUGCUAUGUCCAGCACUCAUCAAAUACGAGCUUGAGYGUAACAAAUCCAAAUACAAUGGCAUGGUCUACAGUGACUACAAAGAUCUAUCCAACGAUGAUAGUAGRAAGGCACAUAUCGACAGGUCGGCAAAACAACAGCUCCUUGCUGCGAUAAUCAUCGAAGGAAGCAGCGAGGAAAACAGUAUCCUCAAAGAGACCCUAGAGAACUAUUUCGUCCUGGGACAAGACAGCUACCCCUCCACAACAAGAGAGGCAUUGGGCAUGCUCAACGACUUCAAGGGCAGUCGCAAGGGCACAGCGAGAGGAAAUAACAACAACAAACAAAAAGGAAAACAAACCGGCGGCAAGAACCACCACGAGGCCAGAGUUUUCGCGAUGAAAARGGAGGUGACGUCACCAGGAGCGACGGAACCYGAACCACGAAACACGACACCAGCCRUGGCCUCUACGGRAAGCAACGAGCGUCGCCCGAUGAUCAAAAUCAAGAUCACCUCCUUCGACCAGGACGGGAUCCGGAGCGGGCGAUCGCUCCUGGCGGUCCUCGGGGAGCUGGGCAUUGGGGAAUCCGGAGCACCGAGCCAAUCWGGCGUCGGGGCCGGCGCACCACCCUUCUGURAUAGCCCACAAGAAGAGGAGCAAAUCGACCGCGUCCUCCAGCUCUGCCGGCUGGGCUUUGGGACCGCCGAAAAGGCCGGCUUGGCCGUCGCCCUGGUCCGCCGCUUUCCGCUCUGGCAGAAAAUCUCCUUCGAGAAGACCAGCGGCCGCUGUGUCGGCCUCGUUCUUAGGGAGGCCGUCUCGCGCGCGAGGGUCCUCGAGGUCCGCCAGCACCAGCGCUACGACGGGAUCCGGUGGGACUUUGGGAUCCCCCUGGCGGCGGACCCCCCGCCGCCGCUAAAGGAGCUCCGGCUGACCGCGGUCCGCUUCCGCGGGGGGAACGAGCUCCGCUUUCUGGAAUCCCUGGCCGACGGCCUGGCGGCGACACGGGCAGCAACAACAACCACAGAGACGGCGACAACGACGACAGCAGACGAAACCACGGAGACGAACGCAGACGCAGACGCGGAUCCCGCUUCUGCAAAAGUGUCCCGGCUCGAGGUCCUGGAGCUCCACUCGUGCCGGUUCCUGCGUCCCGGAGACCAAUACCCGCUCCUCUUUGGCGGGCUAAAAUGGGCCUUCGGGGGCGAACGGGCCUCCACCCUCCGGCGGCUGUGGAUGCCCAAGUGCUCCGGCCUCGACGACGAGCGGAUGGAGGAAUUGUGCUCUAGCGUCCUGGUGCGACAAAGGGAGAAAGAGGUCGGAAGCACCGACGAGGCAACCCAAGCGGGGAGCGGCAACAGCAGAAGCAACCUUCGGGAACUGGGGUUUUCGUACAACGAAUGCGGACCGAGGGGGUCCAGGGCCAUUGCCUCCCUGCUGGCCGGGGGGGCACACCCGAUCGAGGUACUCUACCUCAACCGGCAGCAGGGGGAGCUGGACCUGGGGGGGAUCAUCGAGGCCGCGGCGGUUUGCGGCCGCGGCAUUCGUUGCAGCAACAACAACAGCGAUGAAAACGAAAAGGGUGACCGUGCCGAUCCGGUCCGCUUGGUGCUCAAUCUAUCGCAAAACUAUGUUUCCAGCGCCGACCGGCUCGAAUCCCUGAAACAGCUCGCYGGGGACCUGUUCUCCACCGUUUCGGUGGAACUGGAGCGCAUGACCUUCGAGGUGCCCCUAGAGGUCCUUCCGGGGGGGAACCACAAUCCCACCAGGGCGGACGAUCCAGGCGGGAGGAAGGAUYCSAAAAAGAACUACAAGGACCACGUCGACCUGCUCUCCGAGGAGGAGGUCGCCAAGCUCAACAUUGCCUGCGGCCGGGUCAAGUAYGUUUUGGGCAGGGCCGCUUCCAACGCCGGCCAGAGCGGCACCRAAACAGCGUCUCUGGCAYCCUCGGACGCAGACAAGAACGCAAAGGAAACGAYCRAUGUGGCCACCGKUGCCGGCACCACUCCCGGCCACAACCACAACCUCGAUUGCAUUCUCCCGGAUCUGCUGACGAUUCUCCGGCUGCAGGAGAAACAAAAGAAACAACAACUAGAACAACAAMAACAACUCGAGCUGGCGGAGAACGAGACGAACGCGGCGGUUCGUCCUUCACAAAACCAGCGGCGGCAGUACCAGCACUGGCUGCCGACCUUUCUGAGAAAAUCCGUYAAGGGCAACAUCGACCUGCUCCGGUCCGUCUUGCUGCCGCCGCGUGAGGGGCCGCCGGCCCCACCACYGGAAGAAGACGACACCGGCGACGCRCCGGCACCAUUGGURUCCGCCGMGGAAUCGRAGYGGCUGGAAGCGCUGUGGCGGGAGAUCGAGAAACUCCACUCGAGCAUCGCCAUGGCGGAUCCCCGGAACAGGGGAAACCCCCACCAUCCGAGGSCUUCCGACAAGCCUGCACGAAAAACGAACGGCAAGAAACACGCGAACCCCCAGGUAUCCAUGGCCCCGGGCGACAACCCGCUCGUCCGAGCCGCGUACRACGCGCUGCCCCUGGUGAUUCCGACCGCGGUGCUGGAAUCGGAAGAAGGGUCUCCCUGYYUGGCGCUCCCCGKCUCGCCGCCGCGAGAGGAAAGCACCGUCCGGUUGCUUCCCCCGGAGUUUAUCGACACCGCCGAGGAGCUGUCGCGGCUCYGGCAMAACCUGUCCCCGAGGUCUCCGCCCUACCGCACCCCGCGCAUGGUGGCGGUCGAUUCCGAGUGGUACUUCAAAGCGACAACCGAAAACGACCGAGACCCCGGAUCCACCAAGAAGAAAUCCAAGUUUCGAACCAUGUCCGUGGCGACCCUGCAGAUUGCCUACGUCGACGAAAACACGGAAGACACCAAARGCGGGRAAAACGGCACCGRUGCCUCAACCUUUUYCCCGAGGCUGCGGUCCUUUGUGAUCGAUCUCCUGUCGGAAAAGAAGGGGUUCCAGGAAGCCGCCCGGGAAUUCGUCGUUUGGAUGUUUGCCUCUAGGUCGUGCGACCUGCUGGUCCUGGGCUUUGCCUUUGGGGGCGACCUGCGCCAGCUCCGCAACUACACGGGACUCCCCUCCCGCAAGCUCGCGCCGCUGGAAGCCGUCGAGUCCCGUUGCCUCGACGUCCAGCRCCUGCUCUCGAACCCRUCCGAGGUCCGCUCCGGAAGGGUCCCCGGCCUGAAGAAGUGCGCCGAGCGGUACUUCYGCAAGCCMCUCACVAAGGACGACCAGUGCAGCGACUGGAAAGAGAGGCCCCUGAGGCCCUCCCAGCUCGAGUACGCCGCCCUGGACGCCGUCAUCCUGCUGGUCCUGCUGUCGGAAAAACGCAGGGAGGACAACUUCGGAAGUGCUGUCGCUACUGCUGCUACCACUCCUUCAACACCCACCGGGAAGAGCUAGCUACGCCAGCGAAUCCAGGGAUUCGAUCUGGGCAUUCACACGAAUGGAAUACGCAAUAGACGAUCAUCUACACC